AUGCGUUAUUCUCUUGUAUACGCCGUGGCUUCUGUGCCCUUGAUCUCUGCGCAAUUAAAUCUUUACGCCAAGAAAGCGGGCUUGAAGUAUUUCGGCGCUGCGACGGAUUCCCCUGGGCAGCGUGAGCGCGCGGGCCUGGAGGCGGCAUAUCCUCAGUAUGAUGCCAUUCUCAGAGACCAUGACGAGUUUGGCCAGACGACGGCAACCAAUGGACAAAAGUGGCUAUUCAUCGAACCGGAACAAGGUGUCUUCAACUUUACCGAAGGCGACAUUGUGACCGACAUUGCGCAAGAAAAUCAUCUCAUACAGAGAUGCCAUACGCUCGUGUGGCACAGUCAAUUGGCGCCGUGGGUCGAGUCGACAAACUGGACUGCCGAUGCACUGAGCGAAGUCAUUGUGAACCACAUCACCAACAUCAUGGAGUACUACAAGGGCAAGUGUUACGCGUGGGACGUGGUGAAUGAAGCCCUGAAUGAGGACGGCACAUACCGCGAGUCUGUCUUUUAUAAUACGCUCGGGGAAGACUUCAUCAAGCUGGCAUUCAGCACCGCCUCCCAGGUCGACCCGGGCGCCAAGCUCUACUACAACGACUAUAACAUUGAGUCGCCCGGCAAUAAGAGCGAGGGGGCGCUCCGCAUUGUGAAGCUACUGCAGGACGACGGAAUCAGAAUCGACGGUGUGGGUCUUCAAGCCCAUUUCCAAGCAUCAGGCGCUCCGAGCCUCGAUGAGCAAAGUGCCGUUAUCGCAUCCUACGCGGAUCUCGGUGUGGAGGUGGCAUACACUGAGCUCGACGUAAGGAUUGAUCUGCCGUUGAACGACACCAACCUGGAAUGGCAGAAGGAGGUCUACGUAAAUGCUACAAGCGCAUGUGUUCAAAGUGCUGCCUGCGUCGGCAUUACCAUCUGGGAUUUCUAUGAUCCAUUUAGUUGGGUGCCCGCAGUAUUCCCUGGCCAAGGAAACCCUCUGCUGUGGUUUGAGGACUUUAGCAAGCAUCCCGCAUAUUACGGCAUCAUUGAGGCGCUCAAGAACGGCACAGGGGCUGGGGACUGCCGAGAAGGAGGACGCCACCCGAGAGAUUUUGCGAGUAGACGAUGA